AUGCCUCCUCUACCACCCUCGCGGCGUGGACAGGACAAUGUUAAGCCAGAUCAGAUGGUCGACCUCAGCCGGAGGCUCGCCCAGAAUGCCUAUGACAAAAAGUCCAACCCGAGCGGCAUUGUCGACAUUGGUUCCGCAAAGAACGAGCUGAUGCUCGACGAGCUUCAGACCUGGUUGGCCAAGUAUGACGAUAGCAGGGACAAGGCCGAGUAUCUGAAAUACAACGACACACAGUGCUCUCCCGAGCUUCCAGCUGCGGCGGCAGAGUUCAUGAACCAUUUUUUCAGCCCAAGGAUCCUCCUGACGUCGUCCAAUGUCCUCGUCGGCAACGGUGUGACCGCCCUGCUGGACACGCUGUUCUUCAACAUUGCGGACGAAGGCGAGGUAGUCCUGUACCCAACGCCGAGCUACGGCAUGUUCCCCCACGACGUGACCACGCGCAACGGCUUACACCUCGUCGGCGUGCCUUGCGACGACAUCACCGAGGCCCGCUUCCGGCAGCACAUACGCCCCGGCAGGCCGCAGCCGGAGCUCAUCAACCGCCUGGAGACCGCCGCCGCCGAGCAGCGCCGCCUGGGGAGGCGUGUUGCCGCGCUGCUCAUCGCCAACCCGGACAACCCGCACGCUCGGUGCUACACAGCCGAGCUGCUGCGGUAUAUGGUUGAUUUCUGCCAGCGCGAGUCGAUGCAUUUCGUUGCAGAUGAGAUCUAUGCGCUGAGCGGGGGCGCUAAUUUUACAAGUGUGUUGAAUCUGGACCUGCGUGAUGCUGCUGGAAAUGUGCAUGUGUUGUGGGGCAUGAGUAAAGACUUCGGCAUGGGUGGGUGCCGAGUUGGCUUCCUCGCCACAUACAACGAGCGGCUCUACCAGUCAAUGCGGACUGUGAGCAUGUUUACCUGGGUCUCGGCUUUCGGCGGUAUGACGGCGGCGACAGUAUUAUCCCACCCCAAAUACGUUCGACGGAGGUAUCUCCCCAUGUACCAGAAAGCCUUGAAUAAACGAAGGAAGCAGCUCGACGAAUUCCUGUCCGGAAAUCUAAUCCGGUACACAACCCCUGACGCGGCUUUCUUCGCCUUCGUCGACCUCUCCAGCUGGCUGUCCAAUGUUCAGGGCGACAAUGACAAGGAGCGCGAGGUCGCCUUGCUCGAGUAUCUGAUGGCUCGUGGGGUCUUCCUGGAGCCCGGUAGCGCCUUCUCAGCCAAGAUUCCUGGGAGCUUUCGCUUGAAUUAUGGCACAGACGAGUUCAUCUUCAAACUCGGGCUGAAGCGACUUGCCUCGGCCCUCAAGGAACUGGAAGAGGAAGACAGGGACUCGUUCAGGAAAGAAGCAAAAGCCUCGCGCACAAGCUUAUUGUGCUUCAAAUGA